UGUCAAGCCUGGACCGACAAACUUCAGGGGAAAAAGAAGAAGAAGUUUCCCAGCAGCUCAUAGUCGGCCAACAGUAACAAGAGAUUUAAUGGAUCAACGAAGCGACUUGCGUUCGGAAGAUGAUGCAGAACCAUCAAUCCUCAUUGGUCGGGCGCUGGUGAAGUUCCAGUACGCUGUACUUGUGGCGAUGACACGGGCUCGUCAGAGAUUCGUGCAAGUCUUCAUCGUGUUCUCUUUUGUCUUUCUGCUCCUGUGGCUUGCUGCAUUUCUAUACGGAACGUUCUACUACUCUUACAUGCCCAAGGCGACUUUUUCUGCACCUGUACACUACUACUACAGGACAGACUGUGAAUCUCCAGCUUCGUUUAUGUGCUCUCAUCCUCUGGCAAACAUCUCUCUGAUGAGAAACAAAAAACAUGCGCUGACAUUUGGCCAGCCCUAUCGGAUGUCUUUGCAGCUGGAGAUGCCCGAUUCCCCAGCCAAUCAGGAGCUGGGGAUGUUUAUGAUCAAAACAACCUGUUUCUCUCAGGAUGGAGAGCAAGUGGCCUCCUCUGCUCGCUCUGGAAGACAACAGCUAUCUGCCUCCAGCUCUCGCUUUAGCAUACUGCGAUACCGUUCAGACCUGCUGAGGACGCUGGGAACGCUGCUGUUCCUCCCAGCCUUUUUGACAGGAGCAGCUGAGCAGAAACAAGUGCUGGAGGUGGAGCUCUUCUCAGACUUCACAGACAACCCGUAUUCUCCCUCGGUCACAGCUGUCAUUGAGAUCCUAUCCAGCAAGGUGCAGAUAUAUUCAUCUCACCUCUACAUUCAUGCCCAUUUCACUGGCAUCAGAUACUUGCUGUACCACUUCCCUGUCAUAUCAGCCCUGGUGGGCGUGUGCAGUAACUUCUUCUUCCUCAGCUUCAUCUUUGUCCUCAGCUACAUGAGACUGCUGUUGCAAGUGGAACCACAGCAGUACAAAGCAAAUAGGACGGAGGAGAACAACAAGCUAGAGGAUGAAAAAGAUGUUCCCGCAGGCAAUGCAGAACUGCUGGGUCCCUCCCACACAAACCCCACAGACUGGAGCCUGGAGGAGCACCAUGUUAACAAUGGCAAUGGCACAGAGCAGCAAAACAGAGACACAAGUGGUUAGGGAGAAAUAAAUGAAACAGAAGCUGCCUGAGGUGAUUGAUAAAGGAGGUGGAGAACGUGUGGAGAACAUAUUGUGUUGUUAAGAUAAAGGCCAAAAUAUGGUUAAAAAUGAUAAUCAAUUUUAGGUAAAAGCCACAAAAAAACACUGUCAUUAUAAGAAAAGCAGGGUCAAGUAUCAUUUCUUGGGAAUAUCUUAGACUGAAAAAAAAGAGACUUUUUUAAUGUACGCCAGCUAAAAUAAGGCACUUAUAAAUGUCUUUAAAUGCAAAACAAAACAGACAAAAGUCUGGAGACAAAGUUAGAGAGGCAAGACUGAGAUGGUUUGGACAUGUGCAAAGGAGGGAAGGCAGAUAUACUGGAUAAAGGAAGCUGAAUAUGGAGCUGCCAGGCAGGAGGAAAAUAGGGCGACCAAAGAGAAGGUUCAUGAAUGUAGUGAAGGAGGAGAUGCAGAGUGUUGGCGCAACAAAAGAAGAUGCAAGGAUAGGGUGGAGGCAGAUGAUCUGCUCAGGUGACCCCUAAAGGAAGCAGCUGAAAAAAGAAGUUACCUCUAUAUUUCAGUGGCAGAUUAAUGCAAGUCUAUCAUGUUAUAAAUGGUUACUUUACAAUUAGAAACAAUAUUUUUCAAAUAUGUUAGUCAUCUGAAGACUGCUUUUCUUAGUACAAGUAAUACAUUUGGCUGAUUGAGUGCAUGAAGCAUUGCCUUAAAGGCUUAAAAUGGCUUAAAUUGUUCUAAGAAAUGAAGACUAUUACAUGCAGAAAAUCAAAAUCAGUGAUGCUUUCAUACACUGGUGUGUGCAACUCCUUUCACAGAACAGCUUAAACGGGCUCUAACCAGAACUGAAACGAUGUGGGAAACUCCAGUGUCCAACUGUAAGAGUAAGAGGAAACAAGAAAAGCUAGUCCACGCACCAGCAAAAAGUUCCUGGAUAAUAAAUAUAAAUUUAAUACAAAGACCUUAAUAAGAGUAACAUUUCCGGCUACAGCUGCCCUUCCUCAGACAUAACAGCAUUACCGGUGUUGUGCCAAAAAGUGAUCGUCUGCCAAAAAGUGAUUGCCAGAAAAUGAU